AUGUCCUCUGAAACCGGUGCCGGCCCCAUUUCGGAGGAGGUGCUGCGGGAGACCAUCGUGGAAUUGGUCGACUCCACUCGUUCGCCGGAGUCGACGCGGUGUCCUUCGGAGGUACCUCGAAGACUGGCGAAAGAGGGACGGUUAACGGAACGAACGGAGUGGAGAGACUAUAUGGAUGCGACGCGGAAGGUCGUGUUUGAGAUGAGGGACCAGGGCGAGUUGGAGGUGAUGCAGAAGGGCCAGAUCGUGGAGGUCGGCUUAGAGGAGAUUAGAGGGCCGAUCAGAAUGAGGAGGAAGUUGUUACCGACGUAA